AGAGCCGCGCAGGCGCAGUGGCGGUAAGCCGGAGUUGCGCACUUGUUGUAAGAGGAGGAGGAGUGUGACCGGGCUGCUGCUUGUUGUUGCUGUUGCUGCUGCUGCUGCUUGCGGAUUACUGUGACCGUAGCCUGGUGGCCGCCUCUGAUCGUGUUCGCCGAUCCCUGCAUGGAGAGUGGAGAAUGGCUCCUUUCCCGGACGAGGUGGAUGUGUUCACCGGGCCGCACUGGCGGAUGAAGCAGCUGGUCGGGCGGUACUGUGAUAAGCUUUCCAAGACCAAUUUUUCCAACAACAAUGACUUCCGUGCACUGCUGCAAUCUCUGUAUGAGACAUUCAAGGAGUUCAAGAUGCAUGAGCAGAUUGAGAAUGAGUGCAUCAUUGGCCUGUUGCAGCAACGCAGCCGCACCGUGUACAAUGUACACUCCGACAACAAGUUGUCUGAGAUGCUGGUCCUGUUUGAGAAAGGACUGAAGAAUGUAAAGGAUGAAUAUGAGCAGCUGAACUAUGCCCAGCAGCUGAAGGAGAGGUUAGAGGCUUUCACCAGUGACUUCAUUCCUCAUAUGAAGGAAGAGGAGGAGGUUUUCCAGCCCAUGUUGAUGGAAUACUUCACUUAUGAUGAGCUGAAGGACAUUAAAAAGAUGGUUAUUGCCCAGCACUGCACUCAGAAAGACCCCACAGAACUUUUCAGAGGCCUAAGUCUCUGGAACGAGGCUGAAGAGCUUCAGAAGUUGCUCAAGUAUUCAGUAGAUGAAAAGGCAGAGGAAGAAACCACCACUCAGCCGACCACUACAUCCAUUUCCCAUCUUCCUCCGGAGGUAAUGCUGAACAUUUUUAGUUACCUUAAUGCACAGGAGCUUUGUCGCUGUAGUCAAGUAAACAGUAAAUGGGCACAGCUGGCAAAGACUGGAUCCCUGUGGAAGCAUCUUUACCCUGUGCUGUGGGCCAGAGGGAACUGGUACAAUGGAGCGGCUGCGCACCUGGACACAGAGCCAGAUGAGGACUGGAUCUCCAGUAGGAAGGACGAAAGCCGGGCAUAUCAUGAGUGGGAUGAAGAUGCAGAUAUUGAUGAGUCUGAGAAAACAGAGGAGGAUUAUUCUGCCUCUAUAAGCGUGGCACAGCAAGAAAAAGAAAUAAUACACGGAUUAAUUCAUAAUAUUCUGCCCUAUGUCGGACAUUCAGUGAAAACACUUGUUCUUGCAUACAGCUCGGUAACGAGCAGCAAAAUGGUUCGACAAAUACUUGAGUUUUGUCCCAACCUGGAACAUCUGGAUCUUAUGCAGACAGAUAUAUCUGAUUCUGCAUUCGAUGGAUGUUAUUUUGGUAAUUGCCAAAAUCUUCGUCAUGUUGACUUGUCAGGAUGUGACAAAAUUACAGACUUAACCUUGGAAAGACUGUCCAUUGCACUUGGUGUGCUGCCAUCACACAGAAAAGGGUUGCUUAAAUGUUGCAGGAACACCAAAAAUGCUAAAUUGUGGGGGAGCAAAGACAUUACUAACAGAAUGCGGACUAACAAUGUGCAGUGCAUCGGUAGCCAAUGUGGGCUGUUUUCUGAAUCAUUCUGGACCAAUCCAAACUCAUUUGAUGGUUAUACCUAUUCGCCCAUCUGGAUUCUAGAUUCUGAGAAUCUGGCUGACAUUGAAGAUGCAGCAGAUUGGAAAUUCAAAAAUGCUGAUGGACUUUGUGUAUUGGAGAUGGCCUCCAAUAUGAAUGGUUUUAGUAAUGAAUGCUGCAGUAGGAAGCCAGUGCCUGGAAUAAGGACUAAUGUCAGCUGGCAAAAGCGAUUUCAGUCUGAUGCUUAUACAUAUUGUGGCCAUUCAUUUUGUUCUGCUGGAGCUAAACUAAGGACUAUACAAGCACUCCCAGAGCCCUCUGCACAGUGCAAGGGUGGAAACAGGACUACUCAAUCAGAGGUCAGAGACUCUUCCACUGGGAGUGCAAAGUCUGAGCCUUGUGCUGCACGCGUUUUACAGUUUCUCAGUCUUUCCGGGUGUCAUCAGAUAACAGAUCGUGGUCUCAGGGCGUUGACGUUAGGCGGAGGAUUACCUUACCUGGAACACCUAAAUCUCUCUGGAUGUCUCAUUGUAACUGGACCAGGUUUACAGGAUCUGGUGUCGGCUUGUCCUUCUCUUAAUGAUGAGCACUUCUACUACUGUGACAACAUUAAUGGUCCACAUGCUGAUACAGCCAGCGGAUGCCAGAAUUUGCAGUGUGGUUUUCGGGCCUGCUGUCGAUCUGGUGAAUGAUCUGUUCUAUUCUGACUUCCCCACCCAUAUGAGCAGCCAUUCUUUCAUGCACUUUACCUUUUUAUCACACGCUGUGUGCUAAUCUGUUUUUGGAAUCCCUCUGGAGUUUUCCAUGGAAAAACAAGCAAAGUACAUCAUGGUUCCUGAGCAAACUGUGAAGUGUAGAAGCAGUUUUCGCUUAAUAAAACUUUGUUGUCUGAAAUAA